GCCGGGGGCGGGGCCUGUUGCCAUGACAACGCGUCUCGUACACAACACACACGUGGAGCAGAGACGCCAAACUUUCUCCAACCGUCUCCAUCACAAUUCAGACACAGAGACAACUUUACUUUUUUUAACUUCUCACUGUUUUUGUCAUGGCCUCGUGUUUAGUGCCCGACUUCCCAGCUGUGAACAUGGCACUGGAACAUCUGGGAGAGCUGGAUAAGCAGCUGAGAGCAGAAGGAGUGGCGUUCAGUCAAGAAGCCAGUCGUCACCUGAGCCAGAUAUCAGACGCCAUUAAAGAACUGGAGGCAUCUAGAAAAGCAGCGCACGAGGAACUGGAGGUGGAAACAAUAGAAACUGGAAAACUGCGCCAUCGGCUCCUGAGCCAGCGUGAUGAUAUUGUUGCUGAAAUAUCAGCUGCCGUGGCCGCUGCCAGAGGUGCUAACGCUGACGAGGUAAAUCAGCUCCAGCUGCAGAUGACGAACGUUGUUCAGGAAAUCGAUUUGAUGGAGAAGAGACAGAAAGUUGUGCAGGAACAGAACCGGGUUCUUCUACCAGAACACCAGCUCCUGAACGCGAGCUACACCGAGCUCAUCGAGCGGCUCAACCGUCAGCUGUCAGAGAAAGCCGCUGCUCAGAUUACGCUGAAUGAAACGAGGAACGAGAUCCAGACUAUGAAAGAGAAGAUCUCUCUAGUGCACUCGGUCAGGAAAGAUCUCCAGGAGAACCUGAUCACGGAGCGGAAGCAGUUUGAUGAAACCAAGAAACUGCUCGAGAAACAGAUCGAUGAGAUGAUCAGCAACGUUCUGGAGCAGACCAAGAUGAACAGUGAGAUGCAGAAAGAGCUGGACGUGGCUUUAGCUGAGCUCACGAAGAAAGAAGAGAGAGCUGAAGAGCUUUCCAAUCAAAUCUCGUCGUCGGAGAGAAGAACAUUGGGACUGAAGGCAUCACAGCGGAAACAUGCAGAACAGAUCGAGAGCAAGCAUGAAAAGUCAGAAGAUCUCAGUAAGCAGAAAGAGCUCCGUGAGAAAGAGCUAGAAGAGCUGAGAGAAGCACUGGACCUGCAGCUGCUCAGGCUUCAGCAGGACAUCCGGACGGUGGAACGAGAGAUAGAAGAGGAACAGAAGGAGAGCAGCGUUCGUCUCGAGGCUGUCUCUGAGCUUUCAUCUAUUUUCAGAGCUCAGAGGACAAAGGAAGACGACGCGCUGGCGGAUCACCGCAGCCUGAAAAGACAACUGGAAAAAUCGAAGCAGAGGCUGGAUGAGCGAUUCGCCUCCAUCGCCAGAUAUAGACUUCAAAUCAAAGGCAUGGAGGAGGAGAUGAAGCAGCUUCAUGAGGCCAACAAAGUCACAGUGGAGAUGUUUCAGAAGAAGCUGCUGGAUCUCGAGAAGCAGCUGAGCAGAGAGAAGAAGAGCAGGGCAGAGUUAGAGGUCGAGAGAGAAAACCUCAGUGUGAAGAUGGAAACUCUGAGAGAGCAACAUGAAGGCAGCGUGAAGGAGCUCUGUUCUGCCCUCACAUUACACAGGGCGAGAUACAGGGAGCUUAGUGACCAGAAGACAAAACUCCAAGACGAAGCCACGAGCUCUUUACUAGAGGAGCUCACACACCAGAUCUCCAGAGCGGAAGCCGAGCGCAAACAGAUGGAAAUGAAGUACAGAGACGAAAUCCAGCAGAUCAGAAUGGAGGCUGAGUCAAUGACUCGAGCUCGACUGGAGGAAGAAAAGGAGCUGAAGGAUCAGGAGUCGAUGCUGUCGAAGGCUGAGGCUCGGUUUGAUGUUGAUCAGUCUCGACAUCGAGCCCUCAAACAACAAUCAACUGAGCUGAAGGCCAGAAGAUCUCACCUGGAGUUUUCCAUCCAGGAGGUGAAAGAGCGAGUGGCAGCGACGCUACAGUCGAAGGAAGCUCUGAAGAAGGAGCUGCAGACUUUGCGAGAGAACCACAUGGAGCUCUCGGGAUCAGACGCCGAACAGAUCAGAGCAACAGAGAGGAGCAUUUAUGAGAUCGGACUGAUGCUGGAGAAAGUAAAGAUGGAGAACAGUCGCCUGCAUCUGUGUAUCGAACGAAUGAAGGAGGACAUCGUUAACGCGAGGAACGAGAAGGUGAAGCACGCACAGGAAACGGACAGGAUGAAAGAGGAACUGAAGUCCAUUUAUCGAGGUUUAGUGGGAACCUGGAGCGAAGAUAAACUGGUUACAGAGGAAUCUGCAGAAAAGGACCAGAAGCUGUUAGAAGCCAUGCAGACGUUCAUGUUAGAGGUCCAGGAGAGGAAGCAGAACGUCGGAGACAUCAACGGCAGGCUGGAGUCGGAGAUGAAGGCCAUGAGCAGGCUGUUAGAUAUCAGGAGCUCCAACAGGUUGUGAGAACGUUACGGUCUUUAUUCCACAUGGAAUCAGCAGAGAGAUGAAGAAACCGCUCCAGCUGCAUUUUCUUUAAGAGCCGAAACAUCAACAGCAUCUUCAUGGAUAAUUCGGAUGGAUAAAACCUUUAACUGCUGUGGUGUAAAAGGAAUAAAACACUUUGAUCGUAAUGUUUAUUUAUAAAAGAUGAGAAAAGCUGAAACAGUCGUAUCUCGGCAGCGACGUGUAAAACUCAUGAAGUGUGUCAGAGAAUUCUUUUGUCAUCCAUUUAUAUUGCACUAAUAACUGUAACUGCACACGUCUGCUUAGGUUUCUGCUCAACAGUGAAACCCUGAACAGAUCUAUUUACAUGCAGGAUUCAGAGACGUCACACAGAGACGUGAGACAGAGACGUCACACAGAGACGUCACACAGAGACAGAGACGUUACACAGAGACGUUACACACAUUGCAUACACAUACACAUCACACACACACCUACACGCACUCACAUCACACACACACACACACACAAUUACAUACACCUACACACACACACACACACAAUUCCAUACACCUACACUCACACCAACGCACACCUACACACACACAUUACACACACACUCACAUUACACACACAUUACACACACACACACACUACACACACACACUAAACAUGCUUUUAAAAAUGUCUAGAUAUAGAUACAGAGAUAGACGUCUCCCACACGUACGUCACGUGAUCUGAGUUAAUGACCCGAAAACAUUUAGAAUCUUCACCUCACGCAUGCGACAGUUUGGCACAGAGAAGAUCACAAAAAGAGACAAAUAACAGGAUAAAUAAGGAGAAGGUCUCACAGACCAGCUGCAAUAAACACAACAGAGAGAAAAGGAAAAAACACACACACACACACACACACACACACACACACACACAGAGUCCAUCAG